GUGCGAUAUGUGUGAACCCCGUGGGAUUUCGACUUUUUGGGGAUUAGAGCGCCUUGGAUGAUGAUCGAGAAUUGAUGAUGAUGCGAUCGUCAUUCAUCGUAACAGCUACAGCCUGACUGGAUCAGGCUUGCCCCUCGUCGUCACCCGCAUAUUUUCUCAUUCAUCGCCUUCUAUGUAACGAAGUUACCCACAUGCAGCUCACUUCCGCUGUUCUCGCUGCGGCCCUCGCCGCGAGCGUCAUCUCCGCCCCGGUCAGGAAGACCAGCAGCAUCGAGGUCUCGCUCUCCAAGCGUGGCUUCCUUUCCCGCAUCAAGGACCGCCACGGCAGGGUCAACUACCCAGGUCUGCACAAGGAGAUCGCUUACCUAAAGUACAAAUAUCAUAAGUCCCUGGAGAACUACAAGCGCAACAACCAGGGCGAAGCCCACCCGUUCGACAGGCGCUCUGAGCACGCCGCCCGUGGCUCGGGCGCGGUAAGCCUACAGGAUGUCAGCAACCAGGAGCUCUGGGUCGGUGCUGCCAGCUUUGGCGGCCAGUCCAUCCAAUUCGACUUUGACACCGGUUCGGCCGGCACCAUUUGCAAUGCUGGUGCAUACAGCCCGGGCUCUUCCGCUCGGAACACUGGGACCACUUUCCACGACUCUUACGGCGAUGGGACCACCGCUAGUGGAGAGGUUUACACCGACAUCCUCAGCAUUGGCGGCCUCAAUGCGGAUGGAGCUACCAUUGGUCUCGCCACUCAGCAGUUCGUUAGCGACCCUGACCAGGGUAUCGCCGGCAUGGGCUUCCCCAGCUUGGCUUCCUUCCAGCAAAGGACGCCGCUCUUCUACUCGCUUAUCAACGCUGGCGUUCUCGACGAGCAUGCAUUCAUCUUUCGCCUGAGCACAGGCGACUCGACCCUCACGCUCGGUCAGACCGACUCAAAAGUUAAUUUCACCCCGGUCACCCAUGCAGCCUACUGGUCUAUUUCCGGCGCCAUCAACGGAAAGAGUAUCAAUGGUAUCAUCGACUCUGGUACAACCCUGAUCGUCGCCCCAACCAACGAGGCGCAGAGCCUCUUCGACUCGCUCGGCCUCCAGUCGUCUUCCAGCUCCGGCCAGCUGACUGCAACAUAUGACUGCAGCAAACCGCCCAGCGUCAUCUUUACCUUCUCCGGCGCCUCUAUCCGCCUAGGCAAGUACACCGCGUACGGCACGGACGACAACGGGAAUUGUGUGCUCUCCAUCGUCGGUGCCGACAUCGGUUCGGCCGGCUGGAUUAUUGGAGACCCUCUGUUCUUGAGUUCAGGAGAAGUUGUCUUCGACGUUGCAAACAAGCAGGUCGGCUUCGCCUAAUUGCGACGGAGCGAAGCGGAGGAGCUACGCACGAUUGCAGACCCUCUGGCCCACGUGACUUUUCUGUCGGGCGAUAUUACGUUUGGAUUGUUCUCUCGAAGGUCGUGUGCGGAGAAUCGAACGCAACCAUUCGUGUUGGACGCCGCAAACGAGCAGGUUGCCUUGGCCUAGCUUGCAAUCGGAAGAAAUGGCACAGAAGCCUCUUCUACAUUCACCAUGAUGGGACUUGUCUUGGCAUCAAAAUUCGUAGAGAUGACCAAGGUGACCCGUCUGUUUUUGGAUACCCGACCAAAGGCGGUUCAGAUGCUCCACCCGGUACCGCCCUAGGCAAUGUUUAUUUAAUGAUAACGGUAUUC